CCUACGUUCUUUCAACUUCCGGUUAGGUCGGAUGUCAGUAGUUAAAAGUCAUCUCAGGAAGAAACAUGACAUUAUAAUCAAGUAAUUUAUGUAUUUGUGCGUUCAUUUCAUCUUAACAAAGCGAUUUAAAAUGUUUCGCACGUUCUGUAAACGUGCAGCUUGGACAUCACGUGCGAUCCGGCCGCUGCAUCCGCGGUGUAAAGUACUCGAGCUGCCCGCAAUUCGAGCUUCUAAAUCGGCCAGCAGGACGUCCUGGUGCCGCGUGACACACGAACGGCAUUCAAGUAAUUCUGCACGGGUUUCCAAGGUUCCUCAGGUGCCCACAUGGGAGCCCGUAGCUGAAAGCCAACUUCCACCGCAAACGAAAGUCUCUCCAGAUUUAGUGGACAAGUUGGAGAGAUUAGCUCUUGUUGACUUUGGCAGUAAAGAAGGAGUGGACUGUCUGGAGAAAUCCAUUAGAUUUGCUGAUCAGCUUCAUGUUGUUAAUACAGAUGGUGUCGAACCGAUGGACUCUGUUCUAGAGGACAGAGUCCUGUACCUUCGAGCUGAUACUGUAACUGAGGGUGAUUGUGCAGAGGACCUGCUCAGGUUGGCCAAACAUACAGUAGAGGAUUACUUUGUAGCACCUCCAGGAAAUAUUCCAUUGCCAAAGAGAGAAGAGAGAUCUGCUAUGCUUAAACACUCAGACUUUUGACUGAAACAUCAUAACAGCUCUGACUUUAUAAUAAAUAUUUAAACUGUAAACU